AUGGAGCCGAUGGAGUGGCUGUACACUACACUGCAGCAUAUGUCAAACGCUUCGGAGGAUACCUACGCGGGUGAUCAGUGUGAUGAUGUCUGGGUGGACACUGUAUUUGUGCCAACACUGCAAGGACGCACGAGUGAACGUUUAGCGAAGGGUACACUGACAUGGCUUCUGCAAUUCGAUGGGCGGAGUGGACGAGUGACCGACCAGAGUGACACUCGCCCGCCCAAGCACACACACCGUCUCGUACACGAUGACCCUCUUAGUGCCUUGCCCCUAUCCCGGAUGAUCCCACCCUUCAUGUGGAAAAAUAGGAAGCGACGGCGGCUGCUAUGGAAAAGGAUACAAAUAAGCGACAGUCCAUCAUCCAACCUUGGUCCAAAGACAGGGGGUCUGGGAGGGUUCAUCCGAGUCAGGUUAUCCGGUCGUGUCAAGUCACAAAUCGCGGUUCCUUUCUCCGUCCAAUCGGAAUUCCCUUUUGGUGCCUUCCCAGUUAACGUACUCGUCUGGGCUAGAAACGCCUCACAGACCCAUUGCGUAGUAAUAGGUCUGGCAGAUGGAUUCGCGAAUCAAAUCAAACAUAUCGAUUUCGCUAUCGGCGUAUUAAGGGAUAGAAAGUUUAAGACGGUCGUAGCUAUAGUACGAAUUUAUAGCGCUAGCUACUAUACUACCUUUACUCGAUCUAACGGCCUUCAAAUCCGUACAUACAAAGUCGCUAGCAAUAGAGAUAAAUCUAGAUCUAGAAUUAGAACGUUUUUAUUCUAUUAUUAUUACAUCCCUAAGUAA